AUGGCUUGCAAGCGCUGUCAAUUUCGACGGUUCGCAAUUACCGUCAAUGCACUCUCAGGCUCUCCCAAUGCCACUACGAGCGGAUCCACAAUGUCUCCUCGAAUUCUUCGCGCUAGCUCUCCCCAAAUCUUCAGUGCCCGAUAUCCUCAAGUCCUCGACAAGUACUCCGAGUCCCACAAUGCGUUGCAAGUGCAUCAAUGCCUCCCCGAGCUGAUCCAAUCCCGCGGCCACCGGGAAGCUCAAAAGUGCGAUCAACUGCUCGACCUGCAGUCAACGAUGCCACGAGUUUUGAUGCUGAUGCUACGCAAGAGCGUCAGUCCCGAUGCCAUGCAAGAGCAUCAAUACGAUGCCACGCAAGAGCGUCAAUUUUCGAUGCCAUACUAUUACAAAAGCAUCAAUGUACCCCGACGAGGACCUCGACGCCCCCGCGAGCCUGCCCAAUGCCGCGGAGACCGGGUUGCUCAACGAUCUCUCGGAUAUCGCCUCUUGACGCUUCAAUUCGAACAUUCCGGCGCCUCAAGUCCAGGCCGUCAAGUGGCAAUCAGCUGCCCAUGGACAUCGGGCGCCCUGCGCAGCAAGAAGAAUACAUGCUUGCUCCCACCAAGGGUAGACAGGCUCUGCCCAAUGCUCUCAUUCUCGACAUCAGCCUUUUCCUUUCCGACAUCGAUCGUCAAGAACAACGACAGCGACCGUCGAGAACAUUGA